CUCAGAAAACCCCGAAACGAUGUUCAGCGAUUAUGGGAGACACAAUACUUACCGUAAUUACGUCAUGUCAUUAAAUUCGAUAAGUAGGCAUAGUAAACAUUAUGUUUAUGAUUAAUAGAGUGUAAGAUUUUUUUUUUUUAAAUAGUCAAUUUGGUAGAUUUUUAUCAUCACUAUUUAUUUUUUAUUUUGAUUAACAUUGACCUUUAAAACAAAACCACUCAAUACGAUUUUCAUCGAUUAAGUAGAGGGGAACGAUCUACGGUAUCCAACGUUACGGUUCUUUUUUAUUUUUACAAGAAAACUUAAUUUAUCACUCUGCCGUGGUAACAAUACUGUAUUCCACUACGGAAAUUCUCUCGAUUUGAUUAUAUUAAAUCCUAACAUCGGGACAUUCAAAUUGGACAGGCGUUUUCAACAAAAGUCAUGCCUAUCGAGACGGAUACUCCUGACGAUGACGAUGACGUGGACAUGCAGGGCUUAUUGUUAGCUAUUUUAGCAUCGUCAUCGUGGCCGUCGACGACCGGCGGCAACGAAGACGACGACGGCAACAAAAACGUCGGGUGGAAAAACGUGCCGGGUGGAAGUCACGUGCGGACACUGGACGAGACGAAUUUCCGGGAGACGAUCGGAGAAAAUUGCUGCGUACUGGUGUUUUUCCACGCUGAUUGGUGUAGAUAUUGUGCGCCGAUAAAACCGGUGUUCGCUGACGUUACAGCCGCGUUGCAGGGUGAUCAUUGCAUCGUGGCCGCCGCCGUGGACUGUACGGAUGACACCGAGUUGGCGAUUCGGUGCAACGUCGACGGGCUACCCACCAUGCUGUUCUUCUGGAACGGUGAACAGACAAAGACGGUGCGAUACCAAGGUGACUGGUUGGAGGCAGAUAUGCGGCUGUUUGCGGUCAACAUGUCCGCCAAUGCGCAUCGAAAGCCCAAAAAAACAAUGGCGUUAAAUACAACAAAACAUCAACGUAACUACCCGUAUUUAUCUUUAAUUAGCGUCUUUAGUUAUUUGGAUAAAGAAUUAAAUAGGCGGGGAAAGGAGUCUGAGCUUCACUCACCUUGGCACAAGCCAGAAUUGUGUUACUAUCAAGACUAUAAUUUUGAAAGUUGUAAUAAAUCAUUAUAA